UGGAAAAUAAGUUAGUGAAAGAGAAGGUUAGGUUAGUAGUGGAAGAUAUUUCCCCCCAUUUACUUCCGUGAUCAUGUUUCCUCUUACGUCAUUGAAAGCGAUCGAUAGCACUUCGGCUUUGACUGCCCGUCGCUGGAAGGAUACUUCGUCUUUGACAGCUGCUGGAAUCUGAAGAAAUCGAUUACUGUUUUUUUUUUGUACAGGCGCGAAACAGGACAGUCGCAUGCCGGUUAAGGACCCCCGGCAAUUUUGUGAUUUUAUUGGACGCAGGGGAAAGAAAUUUGGCGUGACAGUUCCAUCUCGGUCCACACUCUAUAUCAGAAGGUGACGGUAAUGCACACUAUAAGGGUGUUUGCAAACCGCCAUUAAACCAAAAAAGAAGACCGAAGAAGAAUGAUGAGUACUGAAACUACUAACAUAGGCACAUUUGAGCUUUUUAUAAAAUGUUAUUUAGAUGUACGACUGCAAAACCUUUUUGAUCAGUUGACAAUUUAAAAGUGGACGAUGCUAAUUUAAAACGUUUUAUAUGCUUUAAUAUUAGGCAAAAAGAGGAGUACAAUGCCAAAAUCGGAGCAUAAAUUAUAAACUGUAAAACAUAACUGUAUCUAUGGAGACAAUCCACCAUCAAUUCAACAUUAAAGUGUUUUCUCUUUUUGUAGUUUUGUAACCUUUUGUGCAGUGGACGUCACCAAGUCACGUGAAUUUAAAGAGCCUUGUGAUUGGUGAAACUGCCGCGACUCUCUUAAAGAGACAGUACAAGCUUCGCUCCUAUUGGUCCUCGGCGUUCCGCGCCAAACUUCCAAUAAAAAGACGAGCGGCAAACAAAAGCCGCUUCACUCUGUGCUCGUCCCGUGUCUGCGCUGUCGUUUAGAACAUCUGCUUUCUUUUACAACAAAUUCGUUUAAUAUCAAUCAGUGUUUUUAAUUGUCGAAAUGCAGUCUGCUCGCUCGCCUCUUUCCGUCCGCAACGAGAACAAGCUGAGCGCUGACGUCAGCAACAUGUCGCUGGAUAAAGAAAACACGCCUCCGAGCCUGAACACUGCGCGUAUCCUGGCGUCGAAAACCGCGCGCAAAAUAUUCUCUGAGACUCCGAGCCAAGUCGUGAAGAAGAGUGGCGGCAAGGAGGCAGAGCCUCUGCUCAAGGACAACCCCCGCCGCUUCGUCAUCUUCCCCAUCCAGUACCAUGACAUCUGGCGCAUGUACAAGAAGGCAGAGGCAUCUUUCUGGACUGCAGAAGAGGUGGACCUGUCCAAGGACCUGCAGCACUGGGACACUCUGAAGGAAGACGAGAAGUUCUUCAUCUCUCACGUGUUGGCCUUCUUCGCCGCCAGCGACGGCAUCGUCAACGAGAACCUGGUGGAGCGCUUCAUGCAGGAAGUGCAGGUGACGGAGGCGCGCUGUUUCUACGGUUUCCAGAUCGCCAUGGAGAACAUCCACUCUGAGAUGUACAGCCUCCUCAUUGACACCUACAUCAAAGACCCCAAAGAAAGAGAGUACCUCUUCAACGCCAUCGAGACAAUGCCGUGCGUCAAGAAGAAGGCCGACUGGGCAAUCAACUGGAUCGGCAACAAGAACGCCAGCUUUGGUGAGCGCGUGGUGGCCUUUGCCGCAGUGGAAGGGAUCUUCUUCUCCGGGUCCUUCGCCGCUAUUUUCUGGCUAAAGAAACGCGGCCUGAUGCCUGGCCUGACCUUCUCUAACGAGCUCAUCAGCAGAGACGAGGGUCUCCACUGCGACUUUGCUUGUCUGAUGUUCAAGCACCUGCUCAACAAGCCUUCUGUCGACACUGUGACCUCCAUCAUCAGGAACGCUGUAGCGAUCGAACAGGAGUUCCUGACUCAGGCGCUGCCCGUCAAACUCAUCGGGAUGAACUGUGACCUGAUGAAGCGUUACAUCGAGUUCGUCGCCAACAGGCUCAUGAUGGAGCUCGGCUUGGACAAGAUGUAUCGUGUGGAGAACCCCUUCGACUUCAUGGAAAACAUCUCACUGGAGGGAAAGACCAACUUCUUUGAGAAGCGUGUUGGCGAGUAUCAGAGGAUGGGUGUCAUGGCCGCCACCACCGACAACACCUUCACGCUGGAUGCUGACUUCUGACCACGCCCACUUUUCUGCAGCUUAUGUGGCCACGCUCACUUUUCUGCAGCUUACGGACUUGUCCUUUUUUUUUUAUUGUAAUUUGUAAAUAUCUUUUUUAAUAAAAUGUAUUUAUGUUUUA